GAUUUGUACAUCUUGUUUGCUACAGUUUCAGAAAAUGAAUGCCGAUACGGUCUUCACUGUUUCUUCAAGCAAUUCCUCCCUGAAUUUCCCUUUCGAUCCUCACCUCAAACCCUCCACCCUCCAUUUCUUAUUCCAUUUUCAAAAAACCUGUAGUCUAAGAAAGCUCCCCAACUACUACCCACACGACCUCCCACCCAUCAUGUACUCUUCAUAUAUACUGCAAUUGCAGCACCUUCGACACGAAAACCCGAAAACCUCUUUCGGUUUUUGGUCGAAUUUUAGGGUUCAAAGAUUGGGUUUUGAACUUUCAGCUGGGUAAAAAAUGAGAUCGCAAAUGUGGGUUCUUGCUGUUCUUGUUGUUUGUGGUUUUGCUUGUGGAGUUGGAGCUGAUCAGACUGUAAGAACAGAGCGGAUUUCGGGAAGUGCUGGUGAUGUCUUGGAGGAUAAUCCAGUUGGAAGGUUGAAGGUUUAUGUGUAUGAGCUACCUAGCAAAUACAACAAGAAAAUCCUUCAGAAAGACCCGAGAUGUCUCAACCAUAUGUUUGCUGCUGAGAUCUAUAUGCAUCGGUUCCUCUUAUCCAGCCCAGUUAGAACCCAUAAUCCGGAGGAAGCAGAUUGGUUUUAUACUCCUAUCUACCCUACUUGUGACCUCACCCCCACUGGCUUGCCAUUGCCCUUCAAGUCACCACGGAUGAUGAGAAGUGCAAUACAGCUCAUUUCUACAAACUGGCCUUAUUGGAAUCGAACGGAAGGAGCUAAUCACUUCUUUGUUGUUCCCCAUGACUUUGGAGCCUGCUUUCAUUACCAGGAAGAGAAAGCCAUUAAACGGGGGAUUCUUCCGUUACUCCAGCGUGCCACCUUAGUUCAGACGUUUGGACAACGGAACCACGUAUGCUUGAAGGACGGUUCAAUCACAAUUCCUCCAUAUGCUCCACCACAGAAAAUGCAGACGCACCUGAUUCCCCAAGAAACUCCACGGUCCAUCUUUGUCUACUUCCGUGGUCUAUUUUAUGACAUUAAUAAUGACCCUGAAGGUGGUUACUAUGCAAGAGGUGCAAGGGCAGCUGUUUGGGAAAAUUUCAAGAACAAUCCACUCUUUGAUAUCUCCACGGACCAUCCAACUACAUAUUACGAAGACAUGCAACGAUCUAUAUUCUGUUUAUGUCCUCUUGGUUGGGCCCCUUGGAGUCCAAGGCUAGUUGAAGCAGUGGUGUUUGGCUGCAUCCCUGUUAUUAUAGCCGACGACAUUGUUCUGCCCUUUGCUGAUGCUAUCCCAUGGGAAGAAAUCGGUGUUUUUGUUGCUGAGGAAGAUGUCCCUAACCUGGACACAAUCCUCACUUCUAUUCCACCAGAAGUAAUCUUAAGGAAACAAAGAUUGCUGGCGAAUCCUUCGAUGAAAUGGGCGAUGAUGUUCCCACAACCUGCACAACCAGGGGAUGCUUUCCAUCAGAUACUAAACGGGCUAGCGCGAAAACUGCCCCAUGAUCAAAGUGUUUACAUGAAGGAUGAUGAAAAGGUUCUGAAUUGGACAGCAGGUCCAGUGGGAGACUUGAAACCUUGGUAAGGGAAGUGUUACCAUUUUGCUUCUCCUUUCGGAAUGCUGCUGAAUUUUGUAUAGGUAUUGGCACUGAGCAGACGCUUUUGGGACCCGAAUAUCGCCGAAUCGUUGAUGCCUCAGAUUUCUUUGUGCCUUUGUCUUGUGUUUUGUCCAGUCCCACUGUACCAAAUUGAGAAUGUGCUGCCUUGUACUCAAAAACGUAAACUGAGUUUCUUGUUUAAUGAAUUUUGUACAGGUGCUGCUGUACUCUGAAUCUACAAUUUUACUUGACA